AGGCGCCUGAGCGGGAGGGGAACAGGCCCGCGCUCCGUGAAAGCCGCGCCCGGUAGAGGCCUCGGACCCGAGCCCGGAGCGCCAUGGCUGCGAAGCUGCUGCUUCUCCUCUGCCUGUUCUCGGGCUUGCACGCUAGGUCCAGGAGGGUGGAAGAAGAUGAGAAUGAAGACUCUCCAUCAAACCAGAAGUGGGUCUUAGCACCCAAAUCACAAGACACUGAUGUGACGCUGAUUCUCAACAAAUUGCUGAGGGAAUAUGACAAAAAGCUGAGGCCGGACAUUGGAAUAAAACCAACUGUGAUCGAUGUGGACAUUUAUGUUAACAGCAUUGGUCCUGUGUCAUCCAUAAACAUGGAAUACCAAAUUGAUAUAUUUUUUGCCCAAACCUGGACAGACAGCCGCCUUCGAUUCAACAGUACAAUGAAAAUACUUACUCUGAACAGCAACAUGGUAGGCUUGAUAUGGAUCCCAGACACCAUCUUCCGAAACUCUAAAACAGCAGAGGCUCAUUGGAUCACCACACCCAACCAGCUCCUCAGAAUCUGGAAUGAUGGGAAAAUCCUUUACACAUUAAGGCUCACUAUCAAUGCAGAGUGCCAGCUGCAGCUGCACAACUUCCCCAUGGAUGCUCAUGCUUGCCCCCUGACCUUCUCUAGCUAUGGCUACCCCAAGGAAGAAAUGAUUUAUCGUUGGAGGAAAAAUUCGGUUGAGGCAGCUGAUCAGAAAUCUUGGCGGCUCUAUCAGUUUGACUUCAUGGGCCUCAGAAACACUACAGAAAUCGUGGCAACGUCUGCAGGUGAUUAUGUUGUCAUGACUAUCUACUUUGAACUGAGUAGAAGAAUGGGAUACUUCACUAUCCAGACAUAUAUCCCCUGCAUACUGACUGUGGUUCUGUCCUGGGUAUCGUUUUGGAUAAAAAAAGAUGCGACACCAGCAAGAACAACAUUAGGCAUCACCACAGUGCUAACCAUGACCACACUCAGCACCAUUGCCAGGAAGUCCCUGCCUCGGGUAUCCUACGUCACUGCCAUGGACCUCUUUGUGACUGUGUGCUUCUUGUUUGUCUUCGCCGCGCUGAUGGAGUACGCCACCCUCAACUACUACUCCAGCUGUCGCAAGCCAACCAUCAGGAAGAAGAAGACAUCGUUAUUACAUCCAGAUUCCACAAGAUGGAUUCCUGAUCGAAUAAGCCUACAAGCACCCUCUAACUAUUCUCUCCUGGAUAUGAGGCCUCCACCACCCGUGAUGAUCACGUUAAACAAUUCCAUGUACUGGCAGGAGUUCGAGGACACCUGUGUCUAUGAGUGUCUGGAUGGCAAAGACUGCCAGAGCUUCUUCUGCUGUUAUGAAGAGUGCAAGUCGGGCUCUUGGAGGAGAGGCCGUAUCCACAUCGAUGUCUCAGAGCUGGACUCAUACUCCCGGGUCUUCUUCCCAACAUCCUUCCUGCUGUUCAACCUGGUUUAUUGGGUUGGAUACCUGUAUCUUUAAGUGCUGCUCUGAAGGAUGACUGAAGAGUACUUGAUUUAUGUUUUCCCUUCCCCAAUCCCCAGACAAGUAGUGACCAACCAAAAAAGUAGCAGGGAAGGACACUACUCGAGUUUGUUAUGUUACCUUUCAGCAGCAUGGGAAGUACCUGGAAAGUAUUCCUUAUAAAUAUUUCACACACACACACACACACACACACACACACACACACACACACACACACACCAAUUGCAUUCUAAAGUGAUAUUCUUGCUAACCCCCUCUUCAACCUGUAGUUUGGUAUUUAUGAAUGGCCUUGGAUACUAGAAGCUGCCAGUUACCAUGCAAAGACACCUGUAAAACAUGCAAACAACUAUCCAGAGGUUCUCUCAGGCCCUCACCCUCAUGUAUCUUCCCUUUGUGCUCCUUGGCAUGAGUGCCUGUGGGUCCAGCAUCUCCUUAGUGGAGAUGCUCUCGAGCUGACCUCACUCCGAGAUCCAGCUUGAACCACAGUCAGCCUCGGUCCCUUCUGUGAGGUCCGUUUGCUCAGGCACUGCUGUGCGUAGCUAGCUCCCCUCUUCCUGGCACCCUUCCUGCCUGCCUGGGAGGUGCUCAUAUGUAUCAGCCACAAGUUUCCAUCUGUGGGGAAAAAAAUGUGACUUUUAAAACUUGUUGCUGAGACCACACUGCUACUUGUCUCUAAAUCUUACAAAGUAGUAACUUUCUUACAUCAGUAUUUGUAUACUGGGUACCUGGACCAGUUGGGUUUCAAUUCAGCAUUUCUGUAAGAACUGUGUUUUACAGGACCAAGUCUCAGUCUCAAAUGAAGAGUGUAGCUUAUAUUAUUGUUAGGGGUUCAGUAACCGUCUUCAUCCUCUAAAGACAUGCAAUAUGGAUAGGCCUUUGUUUUGAAACUGUAUUCCAGAGUGUGAAAUAAUGUAGACAAGUAUUUAAUCAUGAACUUUAACAUUCAAGCCAAACCAACAUUAGAUGCAAAAAAAAAACAUGGGUAAUGGUUAUCUUCAAUUAUACAUUUUGAUGAGCAAAAAUUAUUUUAUACUUUGAAAUAUGGACACAUAGCAAAAUCCCAAAGAACUCUCCCCCCACAAAAAAAUCAUUUCUCUUUUGAUAUUUUUAUAACACAAAUUUGCUUCUUGAUAUUAGUUCUUUGCUAUAACCAGAUGCUCUUGCACACUUGAGGUCUGUGACCCUUUUGAAGUAUCCUCUGUUGGGGACAAGCAGACCUUGGCACUCCUCAGCAGUCAGUAUCUUGGCGUUAUUACAGCAUUCACUAUAGAAUCCCUAUGUGCUUUGCUUUCACAAAGCUGAAUUAACUUUAUUGAAAGUCAUUCAGUUUUCCAUUUCUAUUAUAUAUACUGUAUGAUGACAUAGAAAAAGUAAAACAUUAUACAAAUAGAAUAUAUAAAAGUGCUGACUUCCCCCAGCUAUUUAGAUGUAUUUUGGAAAUGGAGAUGGCUAUGGGAGAGACCAGAAAAACUGAAACUACACAUUUUUGCUAAUUCUUUCUAAUACUGUUGCACAUGAAGUGAGUGUGGAAAUAGGUACAGCUGCUCAGUUGGAAGGGUAAUAAUGGCUGUCUAUGUGUGAGAGAUAUCCAGUGUUUUCUCCUGAGUUUCAACUAACAAACUAGUUUGAUAGUUACUACCUAAGCCAUUUGGCCUCUAGUUAGAAAAUUCAAUUUAAAAAUUUAAAUAAUAAAUGCUUGUGGAGAAUAAGCUGAAGAGAGUGGCUUAAAUUAAAUGUCUCCUCUGUUGGGGGCAGUUUUUCAUAUAGUACACUAGUAUCUCUGAAACUCCCACCUUUGACAGGCCUGCUCUAGAGGUACCCACAGCACUGAAGUCAAAGAGAAAGCAACACGUACGAUUGCAAACACUAGACAUUUAGAAUUUCCAAUCAGAAUCUUUAGCCUGUUACAUUUCAAAAGUUCUGGACAAAACUAAAUUUUCUAGUAAUUUUCUUUUCCCAAGGACUAAAACCUACAAGGAGUUCCGUAGCAGAACUGACUCCCUGCUACCUUAGAACAACUCCAUAGUUUUGCCUCUGUGCUCAAAACUUCUCAAUAGUGAGACUCUUACAUGCAAGACGUCCAUACCGGUAGCCAGUCAUCAUCGUCUCCUGCCCAACCUUGGACAGGGUGAUUAAAACACUGAAAACCAGCACAUGUUCUGGGAGCAUGCAGUGCCAGUUUCUCAGUAAAAUUCAAUCAUCUAUGUCAGUCUGACUCUCCAGGAUAAACCAUUCUGUUUCAUGAAACAGGAGAGAUGUCUGCCCAUUGCUCAGGGGCAAAGCCUGGGGCUUUAAAGCAUGAACUUUGAGGAGAGUCUGGUGCACCAGGAGGAGAGUGAGAAAUGCAUCCCCUCCUUAGACCCCAGUUCUCCUUACUUGAUGAAGAGGGGCAUGUGUGUGGCACACAAGCUCAAGCCUGCUGUACUCUGUCCCAUCCUACUCUGUUUUUGUUUUUGUUUUGGUUUUGGUUUUGGGUUUUUGUUUUUGUGUUUGUUUUUUUGCAUGUAGAGCUGUGGGAUGCUUGGGUAGUGGUCUGAACACCCUGCAUUUCAAAGGUGCUACUAUGCCCCUCCCUCUUAGAAGCACUCCAAAUGAGUAGACUGUUUGAACAGAGGUUCCAGAUUUCCGACCACUGUGGAUCACACUGAAAACUGUGACUGUCUCCAUUAAACUACAUCCUGGAGGAUGGGGGAAAACUAAAGAUAUUUUAUAUACCAGUUGAAUUAAAGCAAAACAUCUCUUCAAAGCCUAGACAGUUUCCCCAUGGGUGUCCCUGAUGUAGGGUGGAAGACAGUGCUAAUAAAUUUACUAUAGACCCAGCCAACACUGCCCCCAGUUUACCCAACAUAUGCCUUAAAAUGAAAGUUAAGCCCCCAGUUUUUCCAUUUUCCAGAAGUUUCCAUUUCUUGCAGUAACCUGUAUGUCAUACUAAAUUUUACUGUUUUUUUUUAAAUGCAUGGAUGAAAAUAGGAUUUCAUUUCUUUAUAUGACAACCAGGCAUCUUCACUUUUGCUGAGUUAAUUGCAAACCUUUAUGGAUUCUUCGAACAUGGAAAUGCUUGUCCUUAACCACAAGCCAUUUCAAUGUUCCAUGUGGGAACCUGAGGGUAAGUGUCCACAGAACUGCACUGUUCCAGACUAUUUGACCUGGUAAUAAGCUGCUGCAGUGAGAGAUGUUUAGAUGUGUGUUGUAGCUCUAAAUGACACCACAUCUGAAAUCGAUAGAUGCAAGGGACCAGGAAUCCCAUUUCACAUCAAUUUGUCUUAACCCCACUAGGAAGCAGUGGUCCACUCAAUCCAAAGGGCUAGGAAACAAAACAAAACAACACCUCUGCCUCCUUGGUCAUUUUGAUCUCAGAUACCAAACUGAAAUUUUUAUUUGAAACUUGAAGAAUCGAAGCUGGUCCCAGAUGCCAUUAUUGCAUUCUAUCAUUUUAGUGCCCUUGAGGCACCAAGCAUUUUGAAUCUGUUUGUGGUUUGGCAACUGUUUUUAAGUAUUUUAUUUUCUUUUAGAAUUCAAAAACACAUGAGUUUCUAUAUUAAAAAAGUAAAAUGACUAGAGAUAAACAUAGUAAAUAACUAAGUAUAAAUUGCAAUGUUGAGUUCCAUUUAUACUGAUAGAUUGUUGAUUUGGAGCUUUAGAACACAAGUAUAUGGAAAAAUGUUGGGAAAUGGGAAGGAAAGAAAUAGAAUGCUAACACAGCAAGUGUCUUAUUCACAGUUUUCCCUGAGCUCCCUUCAAAUGGCUACAAAUGCCCCAUAGUGAACAUUGGGUCUAAGGGUAUGCAGUACCAGGAAUCCAUGCUCUCCAUGGAAGCAUGGCCCAAGAACUGAAUGCUGAUGAAGCUCUCAGCAUGGACAAGCCCAUCUCUGAUCCCUCAUUGUCUUACCUUCCAUUGCAAACAUAGAUUCUAACUUAAUGCAGAGGAGGAAAGACCUGUGACUUGAGAUGAGAAGGUAACAGCUAACAAGUCCCAGAACAAGAAUUUGCUUUAUUUUUUUAACUACAUUAUGGUUUUGAAGCCUUGAAGUUAGGAUGUUCCUGCUUCCCCCUUUUAAAAUUUCUCCAGCUUAUAAGAUAAUAACCCCAUGGUAAAAAGCUUUUUCUGAUUCCGUUAAGGUUAAAAAAGAAGACGUUUCUGUUUAUUUGCUUCCAGGAUGUCUUUUAGUUGAAUGAUGCUUUGGUGGUUCAAAUAUUCCCAGUAAGAUGUUUCUGAAACCUCCUUGUUACUUCUCCUGCAAUAAAAUCCCAGUCUUAAACCAGCUUACAUAAAUCAGUGCUAAAAUCUGAAUUGAACUCUUAUUGGUCGUUCAAAAGUUUCCCAUGCAUUGAGUUAACCAGGAUCUUUUUUUUUUUUUUUACAUUAUGUUAUGUGAGCUAGUAAAUAUUCACACACACACACACACACACACACACACACACACACACACACACACACACACACACGACACCACACCCAAAGUAAGGAAAGUUUGAAUGUUGCUUUGACUAGAAGCUACAGUUAAAAGGAAGCUAGAAAAUGUUAUAUAUGGUAAUUGAGGCAAAUGUAAACGGUUUUGUUUGGUCUAGUCAGUUAAGACCAAAGUUAAGACUACUUUACCACUUCAUUUUUCACAUCUGUAAACAGUACAGGGUUGUCCUGGCCCAGGAAACAGGCUGCACAGGGUGAAUCAAGAAUGGUUACUGUGGGGAAGAAAGGCUCUCUGUCUGCUGGAUAGUUUAAACUGAACAGGUUGGGAGAAAAUGGCUUUCAACAACAAACCUCCCAAACUGAGCUGGUCCCUGCUUUGUUUUGUUCUUUUCUAAAUAUUUAAAGAUGCUUCUUUGUAUUUUUGCAAACAAGUGCAGUCUGCCUUCUGUACCCAUGUAUUCUGAAUCUGUGAUUUCAACCGCUUUCAAGAAUAUCAAACACUUUUGUCUCUAUACCUAGCAAGGGCAGGCAUUUCUUCUUGUCAUUAUUUCCCUAAAUAUAACAGAGUAACAGAGGCUGACGUAGAAUUUAUAUUGUCUUAAGCAGUGUAAGCCACCUCAUGGUGACUGAAUGUAUAGGGAAGAAUGUGCAUAGUGUCUAUGUAUGCAUAUCAUGUACCACUUUAUUCAAAGGAUUGUGCAACUGAGGGUUCUGUUAUCUUGAGGUGGCCUGGGACCAGUCCCCUACAAAUUUGGAGGAGUGACUGUAAUGUUUACAUUUCCUAUAACAGACUUAGAUCCAGAUGUCUCCUGGUUGCCCUGCCCACUAAAGUACCAUCUCAGUAAGUGUACAUAACAAAGCCAAUGGUCAUUUUCUUAAAUAUGCAUUUCUUAGAUCAGGUGCUUACAACAUGGCUAUUUCAGUCCCUGGAAUAACAGACAGCUCAAAAUUAUGAUAUCAUUACUAGCUUCCAUUCACAAAAGAAAUUUCCCAUUUACCACUGAUCGUUUUUUAAUGCAUAGGACUUUAUAUAGUGAACCCCCAAAUCACUUUAGGCAAAAAGACCUUUGACCCUUCACUAUAGCUUUAUGAACAUUGUGAGAAUCACUGUGGAAGCUAGAAAGGUCACACAUGGCUGACGCAAAGGUGACAUAGGUCCACCUUCUGGUUUUCUCCCAGAACAGGCUCAGUACUUAAUGUAUAAGUCUGCUGCCUGGAAGAGGCAGGCGAAUCCUUCUGGCAAGGAUGUGCCUGUGCCAACUAAACAAUCUUUCAGGACAGCUGGCUGGAUAGACAAUCAUAAGCCUUCUUGUCAAUUGUCGUGGGAGCCCAGACCUGCCUACAUCACUUUCUUAAAUGUCAAGCUGGUAUCCUGACUCACAGGAAUCUGCUGGGAAAAGUCUCCAGACACAUCCUAAAAGUCUUCCCAUUGUGGGAUUGGGAUUGUCAGGGACAAUUGAUGAGGGCUUUGAAAUAACUAGUAUUUACUGCAACAGAUUUUUAUCAAGAAUUUUUCAGGUUUAUAACAGGGAGGAUUUUUAUCAAUUUUAUGUUUUGUGUGAAGUCCCUCAACACACACAACUCCACAUUGGGAAGACCCUACUGCCCAACCCUUUGUCUAGCCUUGGCAGGCACAGAUGAUAUUCAGUUAACUGGCCACAUCAUUAUAUCCUUGCACUUUCAGGGUGGCCUGGAAAUUAUAAAUAAAAAUGAAGAAGGAUAAGGAACAAACAAUAGCUUAAGAAACUCUCCCCAUGAUUAAAAGCAGAAAAUGCACAUAACCUUGAUGGCUGAAGUUUCAACUUGUCCGUCAGAUAUGAAGGAAGGGUGUGUCAUGACAUCCAUCAUGGUUGUUGUCCAUGUUCUAGCCUGUAGCUAUUGAUGCAGUGCAAAGAUUUGGUGUUUUUUCUAAGCUACAACGAAAUUAUGUCACAUAUUAAGAAAAAUGAUGACAAGCUUUUUAAAAGUUUAAUUUUAAUACUAUUUCAGAAUCCAAAUUGUUUGUUCUUUCCUCAGAAGUCCACCCACCCUGCUUCAGGGAUUUCCCAACACUUGAGGAAGGCAUGCCACCCAGCACUUAUUUCCUCACUACUUUCCUUCUUUUCAUUUUUACCUCAUUUGAUAUUUUUAGCCACUUCCUUCUACACAACAUUUUAAUUGGCAAGGAACUAUGUCUUUUUUCUAAUGUGGCUGCGUCUUUGGAAGCUGUGUUGCCCAAAGAAACCACCACUCUGUUUCUAUCCAUGUCAUUUGGGUCUAGGAGUUACCGCCCAGCCGUUCAAGUUGCCAUUUUCUUUAACUAUAGUCACUUUAACUAUAUAGUAGUGAAGUGUUUACUAUUGUUUUCUCUCUUUUUUCCAGCUUAGAGUAAUGAUGGAAACACCCCAAAAAGGCACAAUGGCCAAUUGUGCUAGCUAGCCACGUUUACAUACUGACAUGUUUGUGUAGAGAUACAUGUUUUCUUUAUAAGCAGCUCCUGGACUCAGCAAAGCUUUGCUUGUUUGUGUUUUCCAUGGAAGACUCUAGAAGAGUGACAGUUUUCAGGGACUGAUCUGUAUCUUGUUUUAAGUGAUGGGGUAGCUUGUGUUUACAUGCAGUGACGUGUGUUUUUUGUGUUUGUAUGUACAGCGGUAAAACUGAACAACUUAUUAAUAUGUGUGUUACUCUACCCAUCACCCCAAAUUUAGUUGAAACACUUAGGAGCACAGCUUCCUAGUGAUAGCAUGUUAGCUUAGUGAGCCUCUGGUUAAGGCUAACAGGAAACAGGGGAAGAAGGGGGAAGGGAGAGAGGGGCCCAGAUAGAGUAAGAGACAAUCAUUGUAUUUUCCCAAAAUAUGGGAGAUCAUGUCCUUUAAAAAAAAAAAAUCAAGAUGAGGUGCCUGACCCGAAGCUGAUGUGGAGAACAUGUAAGCACCACCAAGUUACUUGGGUGCCUUGAUUAUUUGUGUACUGUGGCCAGGUUUAUCUGAUGAGGUCAAAGUACUUCUCAAUAUUUAGAUAAUACAUGGACGUUGCAGUGCUUAUUUGAGAAGCCAUGAAACUGUUCACAAAUAAACCUAGGUAGGAUCGGGGCUGGCUUGAACUUUCAAAGUCUAAGAGUCAGCCACACAGUACGCAGGGCGAUUCUGUGAAGGAAAACUUUCAUAGUCCUGGGCUGUGUCCCAAACAAAAAGAUGUGGGAUCGACUCUGUCUUCUUGGAGUCCUUACAGCCUGUGGAGCCUGUCGUGGGCUGAUUCCAGAAUCCUACAGCAUUUUAACAUCAGUUCUGAGCAAGAGUUGAGUGUAAAAAGGAUUGGCUGGGAGGGGGGGUGACCUGUCCUGCCCAAGUGGUGGCCCCACAGAGAGCUAGGGUCAGGGUCAGAGGAUGGCCCCUCACCAGUGACUUUCAAGAGCCCUGGGUGCUCUGCUGUCCCCGAGGGCCCUCCUCUCCACCAUAAAACAUGUCUCCCUGUACCCUGCAUCUCGUGGUGUCCUAGUGAAGCGAGGGCGCCCUUGUGCCCAACGUGCCUUGGCGACCCCGGCGGCACCGCGCCCUGCCUUGCACGUCGCGACCCCGCCGAGCCCUCGGGGCCAAGCCCAGCCAGAAGCCAGCUGAGCCUCACGGCUGGGUUGCCCUCUGUAUUUGUAUUUGGAUUCCUACGUUUGUACUUCUGAUACAAAUAAAUGCACAUGUUGUCAGAAA